ACCGGAAGUAGCGUUGCAGGCGUGCGUGGUAGUGCCUGUUGGCGCCGGUAACUAAGACGUGCGGUGCCUGGAGACCGGUGUCUGUGUAUCCCCCUCCAGCUUUGGGGCGGCCAGAGCUGCGUCCCCUGGGAGCUUAGGAGCGGGUUGGGGGUGAGCGGCCGUAGGGAAAGUGGAGAGCCCCCAGGAGACUCGGCGAAGCCGUGUCCACCCCGGCCUCUGAGAAGUGCUACUGCCACUACCUUACAAUCCCUCGGUACAUAAUAGACCUGCACGGGGGUCUGAAGUGCUGUAAAAAUGUCAGUUAUUGAAGAGGCUUCUGCCACGUUAGCUGAAGUGAACCUAGAUGACACCCCUAAACCUUUAACUGAAAACUUAGAAAGUGAUCCCAGCUCAAGCCUGAAAGAUAUCGUGGUCACGAUUGGAGCUACUGUACCAACUGGCUUUGAGUUGACAGCAGCAGAUGAAGUGAAAGAGAAAUUAGGAUCACAGUCCAGAAUAAGCAAGGACCGAGGGAAAAUCUAUUUUGAAAUUUCAGUAGAGAAACUUUCACAGGUUCAUCGUUUAAGAUCUGUGGAUAAUUUAUUUGUUGUUGUUCAGGAGUUUACAGAUUAUGAGUUUAAAGAAACUAAGGAAGAUACUCUAAAGGAUUUGGAGGACCUGGCUAAAAAACUGCCCUGGAUUGACCCUUUGAAAGUAUGGAAGCUAAAUACCAACCUCAAGAAGAGAAAGACAAAACAUAAAAAACAAAAUCAACAGAGUAGUGCAAGCAAAGAAAAGCUGAAUGAUGAUGGAGGAAAGGACAGAGCAAAUCAAAAAGAUGCUGAUAAAGAGUUGCUUGACCAUGCACAAACUACCCCAGGCUUGAAAUCUGCUGAACAGAAUGCAGAAGAGACACAGGAAAUGAUCCUAGCAGAUGACCAAUCAGAUGGCAAAGAUGAAUUCCUGAAUAUAACUGGAAAUGAAAACCAAGCUGGCGACUGCAAGAAAGGUGAAGCAGAAGAUCAGGUGCUGAAAUUCCGUGUUACAUGCAAUAGAGCAGGUGACAAACAUAGUUUUACAUCGAAUGAUGCAGCAAGAGACUUUGGUGGAGCUGUGCAAGAUUACUUCCAGUGGAAGGCUGACAUGACCAACUUUGAUGUGGAGGUUCUCUUGAACAUUCACAAUAAUGAAGUAGUGGUGGGCAUUGCAUUAACUGAAGAGAGUCUUCACAGAAGAAAUAUUACACAUUUUGGACCCACAACUCUUCGAUCCACCCUUGCUUAUGGUAUGCUAAGGCUCUGUGAUCCUCAGCCAACUGACAUUAUAAUUGAUCCAAUGAGUGGAACCGGAGCUAUACCAAUAGAGGGGGCUACGGAGUGGCCUAGCUGUUAUCAUAUUGCAGGUGAUAACAAUCCACAGGCUGUGAAAAGAGCAGCAAAUAACAUCUGCUCUUUGUUGAAGAAAAAUCAGAAUAAAGAAAGUGGUACUUCCUGGGGCAUACCCAUAGAUACCAUUCAGUGGGAUAUCUGCAAUCUCCCCUUGAGGACCAGCUCUGUGGAUGUUAUUGUAACAGACAUGCCAUUUGGAAAGAGGAUAGGAUCUAAAAAGAAGAACUGGGAUCUCUAUCCAGCUUGCCUUAUGGAGAUGAGUCGCAUCUGCAGGCCUGGGACAGGCAGAGCUGUACUACUUACCCAAGACAGGAAAUGUUUUGCCAAGGCCUUGUCAAAAAUGGGACACUUGUGGCAAAAGGGUCAUACAGUCUGGGUGAACGUAGGGGGACUUCAUGCUGCAGUUUAUCUUCUGAAACGUACCUUGGAAAGAGCAGGAGAGAAACGAUCAUACUGGUAACCCACCUGUCAGCAAACAUACCAGGCAGCAUCCACUUGCCGGAAUUUCUUGGAAAGCUGUUUGCUAGAGUAUAUGCCUUAGAUUUCAGGUCUGCCAAUUCCUAAGAUCUUGUAAGGAAAGGAAUGUGUUUAAAAAAAAAAUGUGCACAUACAUUCUGUUAAGAGAAUACUGGUCCAGGGAUCAGCUUGAAAAGCGUCAUUUCCACUGUGUACUCUGGAACCUUUUUAUUUGAAACCAAAGUAGAAAAAAGGCAAAAUCCACCAACAGAAUUACGAAUUUUUUCCUGUGCGUAUGAAUCUGCUUUACCAUGUUUGUGGUGUUCUUCACUUGAAUGUACAUGUUUUCAUGUUCACCAGGGAACUAGCAGGGUAACUUCUCAAAAUGGUAGAAUUUGUGUGAAGAUCUUAAGCUGCUGAUGUACAAGACUCCUGAAGGCUGUCUUUAGUUUGAGGGCUUUUUUGGUAAUAGUGUUGCUUUAUGGAAGGAUUUUUUUCCAAUGGAGAGAGAUCUCCUUUUUGUUUCAUUAGUUAAUAUCAUUGCCAAAAUGUAAGAAGACUAACACAAAGUAGUGCCUCCAUUUAUGUUUUGUUAGAAAUGGCAUCUGCUUUGCAGUACAGUACCUUGAUACUGCUGUCCCUGUUCUCACCUGCUACCUCAACUAAGUGCUAAUUCAAUAAAUGUUUACGUAUUAUGUAUCCCUACUGUAGAUGGGGUGGAGAAAUGUAAAAAAGGGCCUUAGCAAAGUGUUUAAUUUAAAAAAUUGUGAAAUACUGUAGCACUCUCUUCACAUACUACUGCAUAUUUCUUAUGUUUGGGUGGACAGAUUUAGACUAGAACAUGACGGCUGAGAUACAUUUUAAUUCAACGGGCUCACUAGGAGAUGCUUUUGCUGUGCUACCACCUCAACUGGAAUGAAUGCAAGCUGUAAAAGUGAUUUUUUGUCCCUACUGUAAACGUACAAUAAGUGGCUUCUCAAGUCUACCAUCCCUCUUGUACUGGGGUAAAAAUGAUAGUUAACAGUUUGUCAAUCAUCAUCUUCAAAGAGUUAUGCCAUCCGUCACUCUUGAAAGUGUUUAAGGGUGGAAGAGUAAAUAUUGAAGUUCUAGAUGUUUUGGACAAGAGUUGGGUUCUUUAGGAUUUUUCUGUCUUAGUUACAUUCAUUCCCCAUUUCUUGUUCUGUAGUAGACUUUCAUGCAGCCCUUAAUACCUACUGAACAAGACUCUUCAUAUAGGAAAUAAAGCACCACCAUUACAAUUCUAAUAAAAAGGGUAUUCUGUCCCUCUAUAAUGCUUUUGCUCUUACAAGCACGUUUGUCCCCCAUGUGACCAUGGCAAGGUACCAUUCAGCCACAGUUCAUGGAUGUUUUGUUGUUCCUCAAGUUUCUUGUUGCACUGAGCUUUUACUUUAUGAUUUUACCUGAAUAUAAUAAAGUCUUAACAUAGAUUA